UUCUGCUGACUUUGGCGCCAUGAUCGGCACCGGAAUGCUAGCCCGCUCAAUUGCUUACGAGAAUACCGGUCCCAAGCAUCUGGCGUGGCUUUUGCAUGCCGCGACGAUCGGAGCGGUAAUUGCACCAUUGACAUUGUUGGGUGGCCCAAUUAUGAUGCGCGCGGCCAUGUACACAGCUGGGAUUGUCGGUGGACUGAGCACCGUGGCCGCUUGUGCGCCAUCCGAUAAGUUUCUCUACAUGGGCGGUGGACCAUCGGCUUGUGGUAUUUGCCGCAUCCCUGGGCUCGAUGUUCUGCCUCCGACAACCGCAAUUGGGGCUGGUUUGUAUUCGAUCUCGAUGUACGGAGGACUUUUGCUAUUUUCGGCUUUCUUGCUCUACGAUACCCAACGAGUGGUCCGAAAAGCCGAAACGCAUCCACCUGGAGUUCCGGGCAUGAUCAAGCAGUACGAUCCCAUCAACGCGAUGAUGUCGAUUUACAUGGACAUUAUCAACAUCUUUAUUCGUUUGGCUGUAAUGAUGGGUGGUGGAAACCGUCGACGAUAAAAGAAACUGCUGAUUGAACUUACAAGAAAUUCUGAAAUUCUUCCAGAUGUGUUCUGAUCUGUAAUAUAUGAUUCGCAUAGCGAUUUAAACGCCCAGACCUUGGAUAAAUUUCACCGUAUCUGUAGACGAUUUUUUGACUGACAAUAGUGAGUGACAGGGGAGUUGUACGAGUGAAUUUGUCGUAUUUCAUGGUGAUUCUUCCGUGAAUACCUAUCUCGUGUGUGAGCCAAAUCCGAAAUCGAAUAUUACUGUCUUUAGAAAUCGAGGGGGUUCCGUUUCACUGUUUCAGUAAAGCCAU